AUGAAUUUAAAUGGAAACUUUCAUAAAGGACAAUGCCAACCAGCUUUGCUUAUAAUGCAAAAUGUAGAAAAUGUUACUCCAGAGCAAAAUACACCUCAAACUGAAAAUGUUACUUCAGAGCAAAAUCUGCCAGCAACUCCUAAAGAUGAUCUCAUAUCAUUCGAUGAAAACCCACCAACACUUCAGCUGAGAGAGACAAGUGCACAGGCAGUCAAUCCUUUAACUGAUGAUGUUCCAAAUACAGAAGCAGGAUCAAAUAAUGAAAAAGAUAGUAAACCAAGUAAUUCAGAAUAUGAUACUGCUGAAGAAGAACCAGACAUUCAUUUCAAAAAAAUCAAGAAUCCAUAUAUUAAUAGAAUAGCAGAAGCCAGAAAAUUUAAUGAAGGUGAGAUAUAUGAUUAUUAUGCAUUUGUACCAAAAAGAUACUAUGCUGAGGGUGAGCCAUUAGCUUUCUUCGAAUCAAUCGAAGAAAAAAUUGCAGAUAUUUAUAAAAAAGAGUUAGCUUUAAAAGGUAGAUUAAAAGAAGCUAUAAAAGCUAAUAGAAAGCCAUCACAUCUUAAUGAAAUCUGGAGACUUAGACGAAAUACAAAUAUAGCAAAUUUUGAAGGUAUAAAAUUUUUAGCAACACUCCAUAAUAUAGAUAAAUUCGAAAAAAGCAAUCCUAAUUAUGCUAUCAAUAUAUUUAAACUAUUUUAUAGAAAAGCUUUUGGAAAAAUAAAAGUAGAUAUAGAUCCAUUACAUAUUUCAGAACAUAAUUAUCAAAUAGAGCAUAUGAUAGAUUUAUUAUAUUUAACAGAAGGUGAAGAGAGUUUAAAUGAUCGAAAAAAUCAAAAUGAUAUACCAAAAGGCUUAAAAACACAUUAUUCGAUUAGAUUUAUUACAGAAACAUGUCCAGGUCCAAAUAAGGCUUCACAAUGUUUAAUUCUUCCAGAAGAAGAAGCCAAAGAAAUUGAAGCAGAUAAAAAAGAUAAAGAAGAAAAUACUAUAAAAGAAGCAGAGCAGAUAGCAGUUUCAUAUAAAUAUACUAUUUAUUACUUAAUAGAAAACCUUCAAGAAGAUCUAGAAGUUAUUUUAGAUAAGCUUCAUGAAAUAGCUUUAUCUGGAUAUAAUAAAAUUCGUGUAUUCAAUCCUGAAACCAAAAAAUAUUUGGGUGCUUUGCAUAGAAAAUGUCAUGGGAAAAAAUUAAUAAUUCAAAGUAAGUUAUAUGAUGAGCAAAAAGAAAAACAUAAAUCUUGUAAGGAAAAAAACAGAGUAAUAGAUCAUGACCAUAUUACAGGAAAGUUUAGAGGACCAGCUCAUAGUAGAUCAAAAGUGAUAAAUGAAAAAAUAGUGCCGAUAGCAAAUAAUUUAGAACAAUAUAUUACUUACUUGGUUGGUCAACUUCAAUUUAUUGAUAGUUUGAAAUUUUCAUUACCUGAAGGCCAAACUAAAACACCAGAACAAUUAGCAAAAUGUUUUCCAAUUAUGUCAAAAUUCAUCUCACCUCAUUUAUUAUCAUUGCUUACAUAUUUUAAUAGUGACUUGGAUGAAGUAAAUUAUUGUGAGCAAGGAUGUGAAAGCAAAGAAUGUGAACAUGAGAAAAUUUAUACAAUAACUCAAAAGAACUACGAUUUUGCUCAUACAGCAUUUCGAAAAGCAUCUUAUUCAGUAUUCAAAUUAGAUCCAGCAAAUUAUUUAACCACACCAGGUCUUGCAUGGGAUGCAUGUAUGAAGGUAACAAAGGUAAAAUUAGAAUUAUUUAACAAGCAUCAAGGAGAUAUGCAUAACUUCUUUACUGCAAUGAAAAGAGGAGGAAUGUCCUUAGCUAAAAGAUGUAUAGUUAGAACAAAUCUUUCUGGAUUAGAAGGGUAUGAUGAAAAAAAAGCAAAAAAAUGGCUGUUAUAUUUAGAUGCUAAUAAUCUUUAUGACUGGGCAAUGUCUCAAUAUUUACCAACUAGAGGAUUUAAAUAG